AUGACUCGCUCCUACCUCCACUGUGAGUGGGCCGUAGAGCAGCAGCUGGAGAAAGACAAGAGGAUUCAGCAGAAGAUCAAACGUUUCAAGAUUAAACAGGCACAGAGAGCCCACUUCUUUGCAGAUAUGGAGGAGGAUCCCUUUAACCCUGACUACGUGGAGGUAGACAGAGUACUGGAUGUGUCCUAUUGUGAAGACAAGGACACAGGAGAGGUGGUGUACUACCUGGUGAAGUGGUGCUCUCUGCCCUAUGAAGACAGUACGUGGGAACUGAAGGGGGAUGUGGACCAGAGUAAAAUAGAGGAGUUUGAGCUGCUGCAGGCAGCAAGGCCAGACUCCCGCAGGACGGAGCGUCCCCCAGCCAGCCUGUGGAAGAAGAGGGAUCAGUCGAGGGAGUACAGGAACAGUAACGUCCUCAGGGACUACCAGCUAGAGGGAGUCAACUGGCUCCUCUUCAACUGGUACAACAGACGGAACUGUAUCCUGGCAGAUGAGAUGGGUCUGGGGAAGACCAUCCAGUCCAUCACGUUUCUGGAGGAGAUCUGGCGUGUGGGCAUCAGGGGCCCCUUCCUCAUCAUCGCCCCCCUCUCCACCAUCGCCAACUGGGAGAGGGAGUUCAGAACGUGGACCCACCUCAACGUCAUUGUCUACCACGGCUCCAUGGUCAGCAGGCAGAUGCUGCAGCAGUAUGAGAUGUGGUGUGGUGCGGGGAGCCUACAAGUUCCACGCCUCAUCACCACCUUUGAGAUGAUCCUGGCGGCUGUCCAGAGCUCAACGCCAUCGAGUGGCGCUGCGUUCAUCAUCGCGAGCCCAUCGCCUCAAGAACAAGAACUGCAAGCUGGCCUAGAGGCUUCAAGCUCAUGGAAUCUGGAACACAAAAGUUCUCCUGACAGGGACCCCCCUCCAGAACACGGUAGAGGAGCUGUUCAGGCUGCUGCACUUCCUGGAGCCUCAAAGUUUCCCCUCAGAGAACCACCUUCUGCUGGAGUUGGAGACCUCAAACUGAGGAGCAGUGAGGCUGUCCAGAAGUUGCAGGCCAUCCUGAAGCCCAUGAUGCUGCGUCGUCUCAAGGAGGACGUGGAGAAGAAGCUGGCUCCUAAGGAGGAAACCAUCAUUGAGGUGGAGCUGACCAACAUCCAGAAGAAGUACUACAGAGCCAUCCUGGAGAAGAACUUCUCCUUCCUGUCUAAAGGAGUCGGCCAGGCCAACGUCCCCAACCUGGUCAACACCAUGAUGGAGCUGAGGAAGUGUUGCAACCACCCCUACCUCAUCAAAGGUGCUGAGGAGAAGAURUUGGAGGACUUCCGAGAGGUGUACAGCCCUGUUGCCUUUGAUUUCCACCUGCAGGCCAUGGUGCAGUCGGCUGGUAAACUGGUCCUCAUAGACAAGCUGCUGCCCAAGAUGAAGGCCGGGGGACACAAGGUCCUCAUCUUCUCCCAGAUGGUCCGCUGUCUGGAUAUCCUGGAGGACUACCUCAUCCAGAGAAGGUACCUGUAUGAGCGUAUCGAUGGCAGAGUGAGAGGUAACCUGCGUCAGGCAGCUAUAGACCGUUUCAGCAAACCAGACUCGGARCGCUUUGUGUUCCUGCUGUGUACCCGGGCUGGAGGUCUGGGCAUCAACUUGACUGCUGCUGACACCUGUAUUAUCUUUGACUCAGACUGGAACCCACAGAACGACCUGCAGGCCCAGGCUCGCUGCCAUAGGAUUGGUCAGAACAAGGCGGUGAAGGUGUACCGUCUGAUCACCAGGAACUCUUACGAGCGGGAGAUGUUUGACCGGGCCAGCCUCAAACUGGGCCUGGACAAGGCUGUGCUGCAGAGCAUGAGUGGCAGAGAGAACAGCGUGCCAGGAGGAGGGCCGACCCAGCAGCAGCUGUCUAAGAAYGAGAUCGAGGACCUGCUGAGGAAAGGGGCGUAUGGAGCUCUGAUGGACGAUGAGGAUGAGGGGGCCAAGUUCUGUGAGGAGGACAUCGACCAGAUCCUUCAACGCAGGACCAAGACCAUCACCAUCGAGUCUGAGGGACGGGGAUCUACCUUUGCCAAGGCCAGUUUUGUGGCAUCCGGAAACCGCACAGACAUUUCUCUGGAUGACCCCAACUUCUGGGACAAGUGGGCCAAGAAGGCUGAGAUUGACAUGGACUCUGCCAAUGACAGAAACAGCCUGGUAAUUGACACUCCGAGGGUGAGGAAGCAGACCCGACCCUUCAGUGCCACUAAGGACGAGCUGGCAGAGCUGUCAGAGGGGGAGAGUGACAACGAGGACAAGCCCAAGCUCCGCCGGCCCCACGACCGCCUCAACAGCUACGGCAGGACAGAGUGCUUCAGAGUGGAGAAGAACCUACUAGUAUACGGGUGGGGUCGUUGGAAGGACAUCCUGCUCCAUGGUCGUUUUAAGAAGCAGCUGACAGAGCGUGAUGUAGAGUCUAUCUGCAGAGCCCUUCUGGCCUACUGUCUGGUUCACUACCGCGGUGACGACAAGAUCAAGAGCUUCAUGUGGGACCUGAUCGCCCCCUCCGAGGACGGACAGACCAAGGAACUACAGAACCACCUGGGUCUGUCGACCCCGGUCCCCAGAGGCAGGAAGGGGAAGAAGAUGAAGARUCAGUCUAGCACGUUUGACAUCCAGAAGGCUGAGUGGAUCAGGAAGCACAACCCAGAACACAUGCUGCAGGACGAGGGAUACAAGAAGCACCUCAAACACCACUGCAACAAUGAGAUCAAGAUCUGGGUUCCUGAGCCCGACAGCUCUGAGCUACCAGCCCUGUGGUGGGACAACAUCUCUGACAAGUGUCUGCUGUUGGGGGUCUACAAGCACGGUUAUGAGAAGUACAACACGGUGCGUGCAGACCCUGCCUUCUGCUUCCUAGAGCGAGUGGGCCGGCCAGACGAGAAGGCCAUCGCUGCUGAACAGAGAGCCAAUGACUUCAUGGAUGGGGACGUGGAUGACCCAGAAUACAAGCCUGCCCCAGCCUUGCUGAAGGACGAUAUGGAGGAUGACGCCUCCUCUCCUGGAGACCUGGUUGUCACAGACAACCCUGGAGAGGGUGCUCCAAUGAUGAUUGAGGAGUUAGGUGGUGGAGGUGGAGGAGGAGUAGAUGCAGCCUACUGGCCCUCCUCCUCAGUACUAACAGCCAGACUGAGACGUCUGAUCACAGCCUCUCAGCGCUACACCAAGUCCAGACAGAUCCUCCACAUCCACCAGACCCAGACACAGCACACCACCCAGGUCACGCCCUCACUGUGCCCCCUGCCACCCACCCUCAACGACACUAUCAACCCCAAGAUGGCCGCCAAGAUAGAACGCCAGCAGAGAUGGACGAGGCGAGAGGAAGCUGAUUUCUACCGUGUGGUGUCUACCUUUGGUGUGGUGUUUGACCCAGACCUGGGCUGUUUCGACUGGACCAAGUUCAGAGCCAUGGCUCGGCUGCACAAGAAGACAGAUGAGAGUCUGCAGAAGUACCUGUGGGCCUUCACUGCCAUGUGCAGGAGAGUGUGUCGCCUGCCACCCAGAGAAGGAGACACAGUGGUGGACCCCUCUCUGUCCAUUCAGCCCAUCACAGAGGAGCGUGCAUCUCGUACCCUCUACAGAGUAGAGCUGCUACGCCAGGUCAGGGAACAGGUCCUGCGCCACCCCUCGCUCUAUGAGCGCCUGCCCCUGUGCCAGCUGGGCUCGGACCUGCCUGUGUGGUGGGAGACCGGUACCCACGACCGAGAUCUCCUAAUCGGGGCCGCCAAGCACGGCGUCAGCCGCACAGACUACCACAUCCUCCGAGACCCAGAGCUCUGCUUCAUGGCUUCCCAGCGCAACUACAGCCAGAAUAAAGGAGUCCAACAGCCAUCUCAGACCCCUACUCCGCUCCUGAACCCCCAGUACCAGGCUAGUAGAGACCCAGCCUUGGCAGAGUSCCCWGUGCCWYCCCCAGCCCAGAMGGAGAGGGAMGACAUCCRGGGGGCAGUGCCCAAAGAAGAACCUCUCUCGGAGGGGGAGGAGCGCAUGGAGAGAGGGGGUCAGGUGGAGGGGGAGAGGUGGAGUCCCCAGCCUGCCCCUCUCACUCCUACAGGGAUAGAGGAGAAGCCUGACCUGGGGGUGGUGAAAGGAGAGAACGAGAGCCACAUGGUGGCGGCACGGACCAAGCCACUCACACCCAACUCAGCCGCCAGGAAAGAGAAGAAAGCCAAUAAAAGAAGUCGAAGAGAGGCCAGACGAGCCGCCUCCGCAGCAUCAGACUCCGACUCGGACGGCUCCUCCUCCAGCUCUUCAUCACGAUCUUCUUCAUCAUCGUCAUCGUCGUCCUCUUCCUCCUCACGCUCCGGAUCCAGCUCCUCUUCAUCUUCAUCCUGCUCAUCAGUCCCGACAGUGGCCAUCGUGAAGGGAUUUGACGAAGACAGUGUGGCGUCUCUCAGCACCACUCAGGAUGAGAUGCAGGACAGUCACGUGACAGAGAACGGCAGCAACAACUCCCACCACCACCCCUUCCAGGGAGGAUACAUGCUGGCUGCAUCCUACUGGCCCAAGGACCGUGUGAUGAUCAACCGUCUGGACAGUAUCUGCCAAGCAGUGCUGAAGGGGAAGUGGCCGGGGGCKCGGCGGUCGUACGAGGCAGGAGGGGCCGUAGCCUCCUUCUACACCACCAAGCUGCUGGACAAUGCAGCUGCGGCCAACAACAGCAGCAACCUCUGCUCAGCUUCCGCCUCGGCCUCAGAGGACCCCUCUGRCUCCCCUCAGGGUUCAAAGGUGAAGAAGCAUGUUGCAGGAGAAAAGGAGUUCUCAGUGAAAAUGAAUGAACAGGAGGGGGGUCUGAAGCUGACCUUCCAGAAGCAGGGGCCCGGCCAGCCCCUGAAGAGGCCCCUGGAGCCUGAGGAGGGGCCCCUGAGCCAGCAGCAGUACCUUACAAGGCUCCAUGAGCUCCAGAGUGCCUCAGACACCAGUCUGGCUGACUUCACCAAGCCCCAGGCUGCUAGCUUCCCACAGGCCUCUACAGGUCUGGCGGGUCAGAUGAAGCUGAACGGAGGAAUGGAUGGCCAGCCGGUGGUGAAGAGGAGGAGAGGAAGGAGGAAGAAUGUGGAGGGGAUGGACCUGCUCUAUAUGAACAGGAAAAGAGGACCAGCCGUGCCUGAAAGCGUGCCCCCGGCGUGGGGUGGUAUGGGUCAGGCUGGCACUGGGCUGUCUAUUGCCUCAGGGCAGGGUAACCCCCUAGGGGGCCAGGGCCCUAUGGACACAGAGAGCAGGGUCUCUGUCAUCAACCUGAAAGAUGGGACCCGUCUGGCCGGAGACGAUGCCCCCAGGAGGAGGGAGCUGGAGCUGUGGCUAAAAGAACACCCAGGCUUUGUGGCCGACACAGGGGCCUUCAUCCCUGGAGUGAAUAAGAGGCAGCUGGAGCAGUUCCAGCAGGAUGGUAGACCCAAGCAGAAGAGGCAUCGCUGCAGAAACCCCAACAAGAUCGAUGUCAACAGUCUGACAGGAGAGGAGAGGGUCCAGAUCAUCAACAGGAGAAAUGCACGCAAGGUUGGUGGGGCCUUCGCCCCCCCUCUAAAGGACCUGUGUCGGUUUCUUCAGGAGAACCCAGAGUARGGGGUUCCACCAGAGUGGGCCGACGUCGUCAAGCAGUCGGGCUACCUCCCAGAGAGCAUGUUUGACCGGAUCCUGACAGGACCCAUCGUACCAGAGGAGGUGAGUCGGCGUGGACGGAGGCCCAAGAGCGCCCUGGCCAAGGCUGCAGCUACAGCCAACCAGGGGGCCCCAUCCCUGGGCCUCAACCCCCUGCUGGCCAACGGCCUCCUCUCUGGCAUGGAUCUAUCUAGUCUACAGGCCUUCCAGCAGAACCUCCAAAGUCUCCAGUCACUGCAGCUCACUGCCGGCCUCAUGGGCCUGCCCACCGAUGCUAACAACCUGGCCGCCAUGUUUCCCAUGAUGCUCUCUGCCCCCUCCUCCUCCCACUCCCACGGCCUCUCCCACACCUCGGACACCAAAGGUGAAAGGACAGAAGGUCAAAGCAGGGACGGAGAUGGCCGCAUUCCCAGUGUCCAUUCCCCCUCCAGUUCCUCUGCCACCACCUCCACCACCACCCCACUAAGUGCUUCUGCUGCCCAGGCAGCCUCCAGUCACCCUCUGUCUCUUAACCCCUUGUUACUCUCCAGUAUGCUUUACCCAGGGAUGCUUCUCACUCCAGGCCUUAACCUUCCUGUGUCCACCACACAGCCGCCACACAGUGACUCAAACAGUGACCACAAACCCRACAAGCCCACUAAGACCUCUAAGACCGCCCCCUCAAAACCUCUGUCGCCAAGGAGAACACCAGAGUGUCAGGAAGAGGAGAGUCUUGGUGACAAGAGGGAGGAGUCAGGGGAACACAAGGAGGAGAACAGUGGUCCAGAAGGCUCGGGGAAGGCGGAUUCAUCUUCUUCAUCAGAGUCUGGGAGCUCUUCUUCAUCAUCUGAUGGGUCAUCAGACUCCAGCGAUGAAGACUGA